CCCAGCACUCUCGGGGGGUUUUGUUUCGCCAUUAAAUUCAUCAACCAAGUCAAAAGAAAGAAGAAAAACAAAAAGAUGAGCGUGAUCAAUCCCAUAGAAACUGUACUACAUGUAAAGCCAACAUUUCGACUUCUACCACGAGCUGUUUAUCAUCGGAGUCAGCAGAUUCAAGUUUUCCCGCCUAACAACAACACCACUUUCACGAACUCUUCUUCUUUGAGUUCUCCACUUCACAUUAAACCGGUUUCUCAAGUUGGUGGAUCGAGGAACUUGUGGCGUAGUUAUGCAUCUGAUAAGUUCUCUGAUAUGGGUUUGAAUCCUGGAGCUGAUUCAUUUGAGAUGUUCAGUGAGAAGGUUUCUAUAAUGGAUACACUGAAGAAAGCAAACUCUAUACUUCCUCAUGUAGUGUUGGCGAGUACUAUAUUAGCUCUUCUCUAUCCUCCUUCUUUCACAUGGUUUACGUCGAGGUUCUUGCUAUAUAUCAUUCAUGGAAUUCUUAGCACAAGGUAUUUUGUACCCGCUUUAGGAUUCUUGAUGUUUGCGGUUGGUAUCAAUUCAGAUGAGAAAGACUUUCUUGAAGCCUUCAAAAGACCAAAAGCUAUUCUCCUUGGUUAUGUUGGACAAUAUCUCAUUAAGCCUCUCUUAGGUUUCGUCUUUGGCCUAGCUGCUGUUUCUCUUUUCCAUCUCCCAACUCCAAUAGGUGCUGGAAUAAUGUUGGUUUCAUGUGUUAGUGGAGCUCAGUUAUCAAACUACGCAACUUUCCUAACUGAUCCAGCACUGGCACCGCUUAGCAUCGUCAUGACAUCUCUAUCAACCGCUACUGCAGUUCUUAUCACACCAAUGCUUUCUUUAUUGCUCAUCGGGAAGAAACUACCCGUUGAUGUAAAAGGAAUGAUAUCCAGCAUUCUCCAGGUCGUUAUCGCACCAAUCGCUGCAGGAUUACUAUUAAACAAGUUGUUCCCGAAAGUAUCUAAUGCAGUUCGACCGUUUCUUCCAAUUCUAUCGGUUCUUGACACAGCUUGCUGUGUUGGAGCACCAUUGGCAUUGAACAUAAACUCGGUCAUGUCUCCGUUUGGAGUCACCAUUUUGUUACUAGUAACAAUGUUUCAUAUCUCUGCUUUCCUCGCUGGAUACUUCCUUACGGGUUCCGUCUUUAGUAACUCCCCAGACGCAAAAGCCUUGCAAAGAACAUUGUCCUAUGAAACUGGAAUGCAGAGUAGCCUUUUGGCACUAGCGCUUGCAACUAAGUUCUUUCAAGAUCCUCUUGUGGGGAUUCCUCCUGCUAUCUCUACGGUGGUAAUGUCAUUGAUGGGGUUCACUCUCGUUAUGAUCUGGUCUAACGAAAAAAAAAACAUCUAACAAUGUAUUUUAAUUUCACUUCACAUUUUGAUUAUACAAACAAUUGGAACUUCUUCUUGUAAUAUAAUUCAAUACAAUAUUUGAGAU